ACCUUAUGAAGUUGGUUGAGAGAAUGUCCAUAGUGUGAAGAGCUGUAAUGUAUAUAAAGGGUGGUGACUUUGAAGAAUAUUAAAUAUAAGAUAGUUUUCACAUGAAGAGAAGAAUCAUUGAGAGCACAGACCUUUCUAUAGGAGCCUUAGCACAGUUAUCUGCUACGAGACUUGUAGGUGACUGCGUGGAUGUAGCUAAAUGUUACUUGUUUUGAAAGAGAAGAGAGACCGCAAUGAAAUGAGAAUGUUUUGAGGUAAGUUGCAAGUGGAAAGUUUGAAAGCUUUGGACUUUUUUUUUUUAACACACUAGUUCUUUCCCUUACUUCCAAGAUCACAAAAUCAACCGCUGCAGACCAACACAACUAUACAUAUAUAGACAGACCGGAUGGACGAUUAUAGAUAGAUAGAUCUCUCUGUUGGGACACAUCCACACACACCAUUUUGUUUGCACAGUGAAUAUCAGGAAGUGUGUGUAUUCAAGAGAAACGAAACUGAAUUGUCUGCCACAUGAGUGACUCAACACAAAUAGUUUGGCGUAAAGCUGUUGAAGAGGGAAUAUUCUGCCUGUUUUAACUGUCAAAGCAGGGGAAAAGACUAAGAAAGAGAAUUUGUUGAAUUCUUGAGCUGCAUAGAAAUGGCAGAAUCUUCAGGAAGUGAAUUUCAGGAGCAGUUCAGCUGUUCAAUCUGUUUGGAUCCACUGAAGGAACCGGUGACGAUUCCAUGUGGACACAGUUACUGCAUGAGCUGCAUUACUGACUGCUGGGAUCAGAUGCCACCGUACCGCUGUCCCCAAUGCAGAGAGACCUUCACUCAAAGACCUGUACUGAAAAAGAACACUGUUUUAGCUGAGAUGAUGGAGAAGCUGCAGAAGACAUCCUUACACACUGCUUCCUGCUCUCAGGAGGACUCUUGUGUGGAGUGUGAUGUUUGCACCACAGAGAAGAAUAGAGCUGUAAAGUCCUGUCUACAGUGUUUGGCCUCCUUCUGUGAAACUCAUCUGCAGAUUCACUAUCAGUCUCCUGCAUUUAUGAAGCACAAACUGGUCAAAGCCUCCAUACAAAUUCAAGAGAACAUUUGCCUCAAUCAUGGAAAACUUCUUGAUGUUUACUGUCAGGAUGACUGUCAGUGCAUUUGUUACUUGUGCAUGAUCGACAAUCAUAAAGACCACAGUGUGGUAUCUGUGGAACUGAAAUUGAAUGAUAAAAAGAAAGAGUUGAGGGAGACACUGGUGAAAUGCCAGGAAAUGAUCCAGGAGCGAGAGAGAAGUCAGAAGGAACUCAGUUAUGCUGUGAAGUCUUUUAAAAUCUCAGCUCAAGAGGCCGUAGAGGACAGUGAGAAGGUCUUCACUGAGCUCAUCUGCUCUCUUGAGAAAAAACGCUCUGAGAUUAAAGAUCUGAUCAGAGCUCAAGAGAAAGCUGAAAUAGAUCGAGCAGAGAAACUUCGCAAACAGCUGGAUCAGGAGCUGACAGAACUCAGACAAAGAGAUGAGGAGAUACAGAAACUUUUACUAACUGACAAUCAGGUUUUUUUUCUGAAGAGUUCUCAGUCUGUGUGUGUUUUACCCACUUUUGGAGACUUGCCCAACAUCACUCAGCACCCUCAUCUGUCUUUUGAAGAUAUUUCAAUCUCAGCACUCAAAGAGGUUUUGGAGGAUGUUUGUCAACAAGAAACAAAUAAAAUAUCCAGAGAAGUGUCAAACGUUCAUGUUGCAGAGGCUGCAGAACCAAAGACUCCAGCUGAAUUUUUGCAGUAUUUCUGUCAGAUGCAACUGGAUCCAAACACUGCACAAAAAAAUCUCAUCCUGACAGAAGGGAACAGAAAAGUGUUGAAUAACAAUAAAACCCAAGAGUAUCCUGAUCAUCCAGAGCGAUUUGAUGGGUAUUGUCAUGUCCUGUGUAGAGAGGGUUUGUGUUGUCGUUGUUACUGGGAGGUUGAGUGCAGUGGGGAGGACUGGUCUGUAGCAGUCUCAUACAAAGGAAUUAUUCGUAAAGGAAAAAGUGAUGACUGCAGACUUGGGUUUAACGAGAAGUCCUGGAGGUUGACACGCAAUCGAGCAAAUUUCUAUUUCAGACAUGGUAAAGAGCAGGUCAAUACCCGUGCUGUCUCCUCUAGAAUAGGGGUGUAUCUGGAUCACAGGGUAGGAACACUGUCAUUCUACAGCAUCUCUAAAAAAAUGACUCUCAUCCACAGAGUCCAGACAACUUUCACUGAACCUCUCUAUCCUGCAUUUGGGAUUGGAGAAGGUUCAGCAGUCAAGAUCAUAGAGCAGGGAAAAGCAUAAAUAUUAUUGUGAGACAAUUGCAAUUGUAUAAACAAGGUGAAUACAUGGUCUGUUGAAAAUGGUUUUAAAUUCUCUAAAAUUGUAUGUGUUCACUUGUGCCUUCUACGAACUUUGCACCACGACUCGGAACUAUUCAUUGAUGGAGAGCCAGUCAGAGUUGUUAAAGAAUCUAAAUUCCUAGGAUUACUCUUGGAUAACAAAUUUACUUUCAUCCCACAUAUAAUGUCACUAAGGAACCGAUGCUUGAAAGCUUUUGACAUUCUUAAAGUACUGGCAAAUAUAAAAUGGGGUGCAGAUUGCACUGUCCUUUUGUGGCUAUACAGACUGUUAUGGGAGUAUAGUUUACAGUUUGGCCAGAAAAUUGUACCUACAAAUGCUGGAUACUGUACAUCUUCAAGGAUUGAGACUUGCUUUGGGAGCCUUCAGGACUUCUCCUGUACAAAGUUUGUACACGGAAGCAAAUGAACCACCUCUUCAAAUUAGACGCCUGAAAUUAGCUCUUCAGUUCGCAGUUAAGAAGACAAAUCAACACAACCCAGCUUACAUGCCAAUCUUCCAUCCAGUGUAUUUGCAUUUGUAUGAGACCAGACCCAGAUAUAUCAGACUGUUUGGAAUAUGUAUCAGACCACAUAUAAAAAACUUGGACAUAAAUCUUGAUAUUCUAAGCCAGACUACCUUCUGCCCAAUUCCCCCUUGGAGUUUAAAUAAAUUAUGCAACAACCUGAAAUUGACAGGCAAUAAGAAGGCUGAAACCCUCCCACAAAUAUAUCAACAGCAUGUCCAUGACGUAAGAAACCUUCACCCCUGCCAUAAACCUAUAUACACAGAUGGGUCGAAAAUAGGCAGUCAGGUUUCCGCAGCAGCAGUGAUUGGUCACCUACACUAUCGCAUUAGCAUCCCAGACCAAAGCUCCAUUUUUACAGCAGAGGCCCAUGUUCUACUUCUGGCUCUUGAAUAUAUUGAAAAUGCAAAAGAGUGAAACUUUAUUGUACUCACUGGCUCAAAAUCCUGUCUUCAAGCACUGGAAUCUUUGAAGAUGGAACAUCCCAUUAUUGUUGAUAUUUUAAUGAAAGCAAAUCAGCUGCAAAGAAACAAUUACAACAUAAUCUUUUGUUGGAUCCCGGGACAUAUCGGUCUUCUUGGAAAUGAGCAAGCAGACACAGUCGCUAAAAAAGCUCUCACAGAAAGAAUUAAAGAGUGCAGAAUCCCACCCUGGGACCUCAAGCCCCAAUUCAAACACCAUAUUUUAAAUAAAUGUCAAACGGAAUGGGAAGGAUGGCUUAAUAACAAACUAUUUGAAAUAAGCCCUGUGGUUGGAAUAAGAUAUAUUUAUCCCUUCAAAUCUAGACAUGACCAAGUGGUGUACACAAGGUGUCCUAUAGGCCACACUAGACUGACCCAUGGGUAUUUGUUGAAAGGUGAAGAACCACAAAAUGCCAAUAUUGUAACACUCCUUUGACUGUGAAGCAUAUGCUCCUGAUCUGUCCUAUUUUUAACGUUAUGAGACAACACUAUUUAUCUGGAAAAACCUUGAAAGACUUGUUUUGUAAGAUGUGCCCAGAAAAGCUCUUGGAAUUUUUAUCAAAAGUGCAACUAAAGGAUAUUUUAUAGAAUUGAUUUACUGUACUGGACUGAAUAGUCUCCCUUCUUUCUAUGUAUCGUUUUUGCAAGGUGUGUUGUAUUUAUUAAUUGUUUGAUUGCCACCUGCAUUUGCCAUGAAAUAGCCAUUGUAGCUGAUAUGGCAAUAAACACCAAACAAACAAAAAAAUCAUAGAGCAGGGGAGAUUUCAGAGAGACCAGAAAUAAACACAGAAUAAAACUCUAAA